GAUGACUGUUACAUCGAAAAAGGGGGAGGAGGAAACUGGAUAUCUGGGCCCCGUUUCCCAAAGUUAUCUUAAGGCGUCUUGGCAUGGUUCUACAGAUGAAGUUCGCCGUGAAAUGCUUUUGGGAAACCGGGGCCUGAUAAACACUAGAGAAGGAUGUGACUAUUGUGGAUCUUCUGGGGAGCCUCAACAACAUCAUGAUGCUGACGAGGCAGAGGAGAGUCUCUCUACAUCAGAACACCUCAAGAAACACCAGCGGAAACCCACAAGGAAGAAUUAUCACCACUGCUCUGACUGUGGGAAGAGUUAUUUAAGAUCAGAUUCACUAAAAAUACACCAGAGAACACAAACAGGAGAGAAGCCUUACAGCUGUUAUCAGUGUGGGAAAAGUUUUACUUCAUCUAGCCACCUGACCAUACACCAGAGAACACACACAGGAGAGAAGCCUUAUACGUGUGAUCAAUGUGGGAAGAGUUUUGUUACAUCUAGCUGUCUGACCAUACACCAGAGAACACACACAGGAGAGAGACCUUACCACUGCUCUGACUGUGGAAAGAGUUUUGUUAUCUCAGGAAAUUUAACAUCACACCAGAGAACACACACGGGAGAGAAGCCUUAUAGCUGUAAUCAAUGUGGGAAGAAUUUUUCUCACUCAGGCAACCUGAUAGCACACCUGAGAAUACACACUGGAGAGAAACCUCACUGCUGCUCUGACUGUGGGAAGAAAUUCAUCUUUUUAGCAGAUCUUAAAAUACAUCAGAGAAUCCAUACAGGAGAAAAACCUUACCACUGCUCUGACUGUGGAAAGAGUUUUGUUUCAUCAAGACAUUUAAAAUCACACCAGAGAACACACACAGGAGAGAAGCCUUAUAGCUGUGAUCAAUGUGGGAAGAGUUUUGGAACAUCUAGCAGCCUGAAAACACACCAGAGGGGACACACAGGAGAGAAACCUUAUAGCUGUGAUCAAUGUGGGAAGAGUUUUGUUACAUCUAGCAGUCUCACUAUGCACCAGCGGACACACACAGGAGAGAAACCUCAUACCUGUAGUCAAUGUCACAUGAGAUACUCUGCUAAAAGAUCUCUGAUUAAACAUCAGAAAAUACAUACAUGAAGAAGUUGUUUCAUGAUAUCAAUGAAAUAAUGUUACAAUAUAGAAUGUUUUAACAUUGUAGUAGGAGUAUUUUAACGACGUUCUGUUGGUUUAAGUGUCAUGUGGAUAUGAGCCUCAUCAGGGCAAAAUCCAGGCUCUUUGAAAUUUUAUUGAAAGGGUAUUUAACCAAAAAAGUGUUGCGUUACCCUUACCUCGUUGUGAAUUAAAAUGCAUCACUUCAAAAUGUAGCUAGCUGUUUUCUACAAAUUGUCCUCCAACCAGUGAUGUACACAUUAUUCUCAGAUUCCGUGUCGUGUUUGAGCUGUUAGUUUAAUUUUGGAGACAUAUAAUUGAAACGCAUCCCUCCAAAAUGCAGCUGACUGUCUUCUGCAGGUUGUCCUCUCACCAGUGAGGCAAAAGAUAUCUCCCAUUUUCAGGUGUUUUGUUUAGUUGUGUUCGUUUCAACAGCACGUACAACCUGAU